AUGACCGACGAGUCUGCAACAGCGUCCAAUGAACCCGAGUGGGGUCGAGUCCUGAUUUGUGGGGGCACCGAUUGGUCAAAAUUAGGUCGCAAGGCAGCCGGAAAGGGCGAUACCGAACAAGCGAAACCAGACCUUCUCGAACCUCAUAUACUUCGAUCAUUAAGCAACGUGAAGGCAGUUUCGGUUCACACCUCGUGCUGUGGUUGUCAUUGUGUAGUUUUGGACACUGAAGGUGAUGCGUGGUUGUUUGGGAGAAAUGGGUUCUCAGCGUUGGGCGUCACGGGGGUGGACGCGGUGUCGGAGAGCGCGCCGCGGCGAGUGAAGGCGAGUGAACUGGGCGGUACGAAGGAGACCAAGUUUGUCCACGCUGCAUGUGGCAGGAACCAUACGUUGCUGGUGGGAAGCGAAGGUCAAGUUUGGAGCGCAGGCGCAAACAACGUUGGGCAGUGCGGGCAGACUCCAUGUCCCGAAAUUCAGGCAUUCAAGUUGGUGAGUGGAUUCCCCGCAGGGGAGCAGAUAGUACAAGCUUCGGCGGGCAUCAACUUCUCCAUUGCAUUGGCGAAAUCGGGCAAAGUUUUCGCGUUUGGAAGUGCCGAGAAGGGUCAGCUUGGAAAUGGGACUACAGGGGAACGAAUCAUGACUGGGAACAAGACGGUGUUUGAUGUGCACUCCGAUCCAAUUGUGAUCAAGGAACUAUUGGGGAAGGAGAUUGUGCAGAUAUCCAGUGGCCAGCAGCAUACCAUCGCACUUGACUCGAAGGGUGCUGUUUACGUCUGGGGUUACAAUGGCUACUGUCGACUCGGACUGGGAAACCAAGUGGAUGCGCUCAAGCCGAAACCUGUUCCGCAGUUCGCUGGACCGAACGAGGCAACUAUGGGCGCUUUCGUUGCGGCUGGUCCGUCUAACUCGGUGGUCGUCGAUAAGCAAUCAAUGUAUUGGAUGGCAGGAAAGUGGAAAAACAGCGGCGAUGGUUCAAGCGGGUCACCUUACUCCUCCUUCCGAUUUAUGCAAGACAUCAUGGGGUGUAAAAUUAGCCGUGCAACAUGUGGUGGUGUCACACAUUGGGCACUGUGUCCAGACGACGACGGCAGUACGAUGACGAUUGCCUGGGGUCAGAACGCCAGCAAUGGCGAACUAGGCCUUGGCCCGGAUGAACCAAAGAGCGCCACGAAGCCCACUCGAAACAACACUUUGAAUGGGAUCGACAUCUUUGAUAUCGCUGCUGGCCAAAACACGACACUCUUCCUCGCUAAGCCAAAUGAGAAGCUUUCCGACCUUCCUCGCCACCCCAUUGAUGUGGAGCCUCCGGAGGUCUGCAUCGAAUGUAACAAAGAUAACGGAGAUGACGAUCCUCCACUUGAAUGUGACAAGUGUGAUGGACCAUACCACCUCAAAUGUCUUGAUCCCCCUCUAGAGUCCGUACCAGAUGGAGAAUGGUUCUGCCCCGAAUGUAUCGAUGAUCCGGGCGCGCCGAUGGUUCCCCAUCCACAGAGGAAAGCCAAGAAGGGCAGGUCGAAGGCCAAAGCGAAAGCUAAACCACCGUCCAAAACCAUCGAAACCGAGGAUGUAGACGAAGCCGAGGACGAUGGAGAAACGGGGGGCAAAAGAAAGGCUUCUGCGAAAGCUAAGGGUGGAGCUGCCAAAAAGAAGAGGAACUAG